AUACAGUCAGUUUCAGUUCAGGAAGAGCAUUAGUACCUUCAGCAAAAUGGCGCUUUUAUUGAGUUUGCUUUCUACGGGAUUCCGUUGUCACGGCGUUUACCGUCAGUGUUUGAUCCAGUUCAGACAGAAGUACACUACCUCUCCAAUCCAGAUCAAAGGAUUGGAUCAUCUUGUUCUGACAGUAAAGAGCAUUGAAGAUACUGUGGCAUUCUACUCUCAAACUUUAGGGAUGGAAGUUGUCACUUUCAAGGGCAACCGCAAAGCACUCUCCUUUGGGAAUCAGAAAUUCAAUCUGCAUGAAGUCGGGAAGGAAUUUGAGCCAAAAGCACACAAACCUACAGCAGGAUCCAUAGAUCUGUGUUUGAUUACAAAAACACCAGUCAGUAAAGUGAUUGAACAUCUUAAGGUAUGUGGCAUUCACAUUGAAGAAGGUCCUAUUGAGCGAACUGGUGCAGUGGGUCCUAUCACUUCAGUCUACUUCAGAGAUCCAGACAAUAAUCUGAUCGAAGUUUCCAAUUACAAUUCUGAUCAAUAAUGAACACAUCAGCAAGCAGAGACCAAACCUAUACGAGAAUGAAAACUACAAAGAUGAGCUGAUCUAACUGUUAAUUGUACAUUUAACAAAAUGAGUAUGAUACUAGUGUCACGAACAAUUUUAAGGUGUUACCUUUGUCUGUGAUCAUUUAUAUUUGCAUGUGUAAGUGUGUUUUAUUACCCUCGGAGUAACUAAGUCAGUUUGGAAUAAUCCAGCAAGCAAGCCUUUUGUGCUUUUUAAAAAAGAGGUUAGUUUAUUUUUUACACCUGUUACUAAAGUAAACUAUGCCUCACUCACUCACUCUUUCAACACACCAAAACCUGGUAUAGAUGAAGAUAACAAUACUUAUAAAAAUGUAAUAGUGCUCA